AGCCAAAUUUUGUGUCAUCUUAUGACAUUGGGAACUUUACCUACUUCUUCUUCCGGGAGAAUGCGGUGGAACAUGACUGUGGGAAAACAGUCUUCUCUCGUGCUGCUCGGGUGUGCAAAAAUGAUAUCGGUGGCAAGUUCGUGCUGGAGGAUACCUGGACUACCUUCAUGAAAGCUCGGCUGAACUGCUCUCGCCCUGGAGAAAUUCCAUUUUACUAUAAUGAACUACAGAGCACUUUCUUCCUGCCAGAAUUGGACUUGAUCUAUGGGAUUUUUACCACUAACGUGAACAGCAUAGCAGCCUCAGCAGUUUGCGUUUUCAACCUGAGUGCCAUAACUCAGGCCUUUAAUGGACCCUUCAAAUACCAGGAGAACUCUCGCUCUGCUUGGCUUCCGUAUCCCAAUCCUAACCCUAAUUUUCAGUGUGGCACCAUGGACCAGGGUUUGUAUGUGAAUCUGACUGAGAGAAAUCUUCAAGAUGCUCAAAAAUUCUUCUUAAUGCAUGAGGUCGUUCAACCAGUUAUUCCAAUUCCUUACUUUAUGGAAGACAACAGCCGAUUUUCGCAUGUGGUUGUGGAUGUCGUGCAGGGCAAGGACAUGCUUUUCCAUAUCAUCUAUCUUGCCACAGACUAUGGCACUAUUAAGAAAGUGCUUGCCCCAAUGAACCAGACUUCAAGCAGCUGCCUGCUCGAGGAAAUUGAGCUCCUGCCGAAAAGUCAGCGAGAGCCCAUCAGGAGCCUUCAGAUCCUGCACAGCCAGAGUGUCCUUUUUGUGGGCCUUCAGGAACAUGUGAUUAAGGUCCCCCUGAAGAGAUGUCUCUUUUACAAAACAUACAGUCAGGAUCGCAGAGACGUUAUUUGUGCAGCAGACAGAGCGAUUACACCUCCCGUGAAAGGCAGCGACCAUUUGCAGGUGGAGAUGUUUCUGGGUGUCAGAGGGGACACGCACGCGGUCACAGCAGGGAG